AUGUCUGCACUCAUGGAGCGUCCCCCUGAGGCCACUAAGAUUGCGCAGUACCGCGCGUCCAUGAAGGCGGCAACUGCAUUGACGUUGUCUACUCCACCAGCUGAGGCUCCGCCGGAGCCCACCGCUGACGCCACUACCGGACCGAAAGGGUCUGUGCAGUACGACGUCAGCAUCACAUCUCCACCGACAGGCAAGGGCGGCUCUACGGCCUUUUCGCACUCCUUCUUGGAGGCCGUUCUGAACGGUCGUGCGAAACCAACGCGCGCGCUGGCGCCUGGCACGCCAUUGGCGCACCCUAAAGCAAUGUCUGGUACCUUAGUCUCCGGCUCGCCACUAGCGUCGCACACCGCUAGCCCAAGCAACGGCGCUCGAACUGACCAGCGCAGCGUGUCCCCAGGUGUUGACACGGCUUCCAAAGCUACAGAGAUGACUUCAGCGCAGCCAUCUGCGCGUAAGAUGCUGGAGCUGGUGCCGGGCGAUGCGGCCACCAUUCCGGAGUUGCUGAGUGCUCUGCGCGAGAUAGCGUAUUCAUGCGCGUCGCUGGACACUCUUGGCAAGGCGGCGGUUGGACCAGGGUCCUUUUCGGAAGGCGCAGCCGCUGCGUCUCCCCACCCAAAGCCUAUGAGAAGCACCGACGUACCGGUCAUAGCGGCUGUUGCACGCGACGCAGGUAGUGGUGGGGCCGGCACCGCCUCUGGCAGUCGCUCGACAGCAGUACCCGCGGUGGUAACCGCCGCACAUCCCUCACACGACCUCGGUACCACGGAAGAAGAGCAUUGGGAUCACGUGCGCGCCCACUUUGAAGUGGUGCGCAAGCUUGUCCUGAACGAGCAUGAGUUGACCCGUGCGUUGGAUGAGGCGCUCGGCGCGGAGUGGCGGCGCGCGUCAACGCCGCUGGACCUGCAAGGCUACGAGAAGGAUGUCGUCGUGGCGCCCAGUAAUAACCCGCCGGCGGUGUCGGUGGAUGGAGCGCAUAGUACUCUUGCAGCGGCUCUUUCAGGCACACCAGCCGCUGCGGCUGCAUGCUCGGUGGUUCCUGCCAUGCCAGAGCCGGACGAGCACGAGGCGCCCUCCACCCCCUCCUCUGCUGGCCGUACGCUUGACGGGCCUGGUGCGCCGAGGACAUCCACUGCCACUUCUGCUGCUAUCACUUCUACGCCGACCACCACCGACUUGCACACGGGCACAAAUGUCACCGGGGUGGCCUGCACGACGUCUGCUGCGUCGCCAGCGACGACGCUCAGCUACCGUGCCCGCCUCUUCCACGGUCGCACCCCGCCUAGUGUGCAGCAGCAGCAGCAGCGUAGCGUCUCGUUUUCUCCGGCAGCACCGAGCUCCGUCACAGACAGUCGAGCCGCCAGUACCAACAAUGCAGCCUCCUCCUCGAUGAAGCAGUUGUCCGAGAACAGCGCAACCUACUCCCCGUCGCAGCACGUCGCCAUGAUGCUGGAUCGCGGCGCGACGCCGGCGGCGGCGCCGCGCACCCAGGACGAAGGCGAGGCGGGUUUCUUGAACUUUCCUUCGACACCGCUGUCUGAGGCAGCGGUGCCGUAUCAGCCGUCGGCGUCGCUCAUGAGCACUAGUCCGCGCGGCUGCAAUGCGUUCACGUCGAGCAGCGCGCCGUUUCACCUGGAGACACGCGAGGAGAUGCUGCGACGCCGCAGUGCGGCGCCCAACGCGUUUUACGCUUCCAUGUCGCACAGUGCUGCUACACAUUUUCUCGGUCACCUUCCCAGCGUGGCAACGACCCCGAGCACAUUCAUGCCUUCCACGCUUGCCCCAGGCGUGCCACCCUUCUCACUCAACGGUAGUGCUGGUGGGGCGUGCAGCGUGCCGGUGUCGCCGCUGUUGUCGUACACCUCGCCGCUCGGCGCCUUGCCGUGCCCGUAUGAGUAUCUGCUGGUGCUGGACUUUGAGGCGACCUGCGAGGAACACCCGCCGCACAACUACCUGCACGAGAUCAUCGAGUUUCCCGUGGUGGUCGUGGAUGUACGGCUGCAGCGCGUCGUGGCGGAGUUUCAUCGGUUCGUGCGGCCGCGAUACAAGCGCGAGCUGAGCUCGUUUUGCAAAAGGCUGACUGGAAUGCGGCAGGAGGACGUGGACACGGCGGCGUCGCUGGAGGAGGUUAUUCUGCAGUUUGAGCGCUGGUUCUCCCACACACUGCCGCAGCACGCCCGCUGCGUGUUCGCGACGGAUGGGCCGAUGGACUUGCGCGAGUUCAUGUACCAUCACAGCGUCUCUCGCCAGGGUAUCCGCUUCCCCCCGCUUUUCUACCAGUUCAUCGACGUGAAGCAGACCUUUGCGUGCUUCUUCCAGUGUUCGCAGGGGAAGAUUAAGGCGAUGCUGGAGGCGCUGCAUCUGCCCUUUGAGGGACGACUGCACAGCGGGCUCGACGACGCGCGCAACAUCGCAUCCAUCGUGAUAGGCCUCCUCCACUAUGGAUGUACCUUCUGUGAAGUGCCGCUGAACCGCCUACCUUUCAAUGGACUGCUGCUGACCGGAGCAAGCAGCGUGGCCGGAUCGGCACCCCUCGCCCUUCCGCCCUCGACGGCGUCUGCCGCGUCCUGCCGCACACGAUUGUCCGAUGCCUCGCCCACGACCAUCUCUGCUCCCAGCUCCGCGACUGAGGACGAUCACUCGUGCUAA